AUGUCUACCCGCCCAACUGUUUCCGUCGUCUCCGUCUCCGGUGAGACCACCUCUGCCGCUUUGCCGCUCCCAGCCGUCUUCAAGGCCCCAAUCAGAGGUGACAUUGUCCACUCUGUCUUCACCAAGGUGAACAAGAACAAGCGUCAAGCUUACGCCGUUGCCGAGAACGCCGGUCACCAGACCUCUGCCGAGUCCUGGGGUACUGGUAGAGCUGUUGCCCGUAUUCCAAGAGUUGGUGGUGGUGGAACCCACCGUUCGGGCCAGGCCGCCUUCGGUAACAUGUGCCGUGGAGGUCGUAUGUUCGCUCCAACCAAGAUCUGGAGAAGAUGGCACAUCAAGGUGAACCACAAUGAGAAGCGUUACGCUACUGCUUCUGCCAUUGCUGCCACCGCCGUCCAAUCCCUUGUUUUGGCCAGAGGCCACAGAAUCGAGCAGAUCUCUGAGAUCCCAUUGGUUGUCUCCUCCGACUUGGAGUCCGUCAAGAAGACCAAGGAGGCUGUCGCCGCCUUGAAGGCUGUUGGUGCCCACAAGGACAUCAUCAAGGUGUUGAAGUCCAAGAAGUUGCGUGCCGGUAAGGGUAAGUUGAGAGGCAGAAGAUUCACCCAGAGAAAGGGACCUUUGGUUGUCUACUCUGAGGACAACGGUUUGGUCAAGGCCUUCAGAAACAUUCCAGGUGUCGAGACCGCCAACGUCAAGUCCUUGGGUUUGUUGCAAUUGGCUCCAGGUGCUCACUUGGGUAGAUUCAUCAUCUGGACCGAGGGUGCCUUUGCUGCCUUGGACUCUGUCUACGGUUCCGAGACCACCACCUCCUCCAAGUCUGGCUACACCUUGCCAUCCAACAUCAUCUCCAACACCGAUGUCACCAGAUUGAUCAACUCUGCUGAAAUCCAGGCUGUUGUCAGACCAGCUGGCCAGGCCACCCAGAAGCGUACCCACGUCUUGAAGAAGAACCCAUUGAAGAACAAGCAGGUUCUUUUGCGUCUUAACCCAUACGCCAAGGCUUUCUCCGAGAAGAAGCUUGGUUCCGUUAAGGUUGCUGCCUCCAAGGAGAAGCCAUCCAAGGGUGCCUUCACUGAGGUCUUGAAGUCUGCUUAA